AUGCAAAUCGCAAAAAAAUAUUUCACAGAAGGCCUGAUCCAGUUUACGAUCUUGCUUAGUUUGAUUGGAGUUCGUGUUGAUGUCGAUAGCUACUUGAAUGGCUAUUACCCCCCUCUGUUUGACGUUAACUUGGGUCCCAGCUCUGCUUAUACCCAGACGCCCUUCCAUAGUUUGAGAGAUAACCUAGACGGAUAUAGCGUGCAUCCCAAAUGUCCCGAGUUGGACUAUUUCUUUGCUACUCGUCGGCUUCUAGACGAGGUGCGUACUUUGGGUUCUCCAAGGUUCCCCACACAGCUGAACACAUGGCUGGUGCACCAGGUUUCUGACAGUGAUCAGCCUGACCCAGGAGACUCAUCAAAUGGCAACAACAGAAUCGACAUCAACUUAGAGGUGGGGAGCACCGCGAGCAAUGCCAACGACGAAGGCAAACAUCUGCAGAGCAGUAGCCAAGGAGAACACCAAACCACACAAAAUCUCGCCGAACAAGGGCCUUGCACUUCUGGAGCCUGCCAGUUACCCGAAGAGGAGGACGAUGGCAGUUCUGGAGGGGAGGAGCGAGUGUCCCCAAGUCAGCUGCCUCACAGCUCAAGUCUUGAGCAAGAGGAUCUACUGGAUGGCAACACAUUGCUCUCUGACCCAGCAGCAGAACCUCAUGCUUCUGCCGUCAACCAGCAUUGGAGUCAUUUCCUCGCUCUGCAAAUGGCUGAUCUUGAUGAAUUGGACUCCUUGGUAUCGGAGCCCCUCUCUGAUCUGUCGGACCCUGAUAUAACCGGAGCCAUCAGCCAGGAUGUUAGCCUGCGUGAUGCGGUGGUGGGCGGCCCACAGGCCUACGGCAGGGUCUCGCAGAGGGCUGAGGCCAGACCCGUCACACGGCAACAACCAGCGCCACUCCUCCUCAUGGAAUCCACAAAUUCCUCGCAUCUGGACUCUUCUUCGGGUAUGACCCUUGACCUGGCCGGGCCUUUCACCUCUGGAUAUAAUGUCAGCAGGAAUGGGAGCUCCCAUGAUGGGAUGGGCGGUUGCCUGGACGAGGCCGUGUUUGACCAGAUCAACAUGCUCGGUCUGGGGGGCAUGGAUGCAAUUGAUAGCCACCUGCUGAACUGUCUGGAGAGCAUCAAUCCGAGACUGCUUGAAGAUCUGGACUCGGACUCCGGUCUGUCCUUGGAAAGCGGCUCCCAAGGCCCCACCUCACCAGGCACCUCCGUGGUAUCAUCCUCAUCCAGCUCCUACUGCGAGGACGACCGCGGCGCCACCGGCUACAGCAGCGAGGUGGACUCCAUCAACUCCAAAGGCAUCGCCGACUACUCCGCCGUAUGGUCCGUCGAAGACCUGAGCGACGGCGUGUGGCACGACCACAGCUACUCCUCCCAGGCCCUGUACCACCAGCCCUCGCCGACGUCCUUCCCCCACAAAGGCAUCAAGGAGGAGCCUCUCAGCGACGACGAGGACCAGGGGCUGGACAGCAGGGAGUCGAGCCGUGACGAGAUGCGGGCGCGCGCCCUCCGCAUCCCCUUCACGGCCCUGCAGAUCGUCAACAUGCCCGUGGACGAGUUCCUGGAGGUCCUCGAGGCCCACGGCUUCUCCGGCGAACAGGUGACCCUUCUGCGAGACAUCCGCAGGCGGGGAAAGAACAAGCUGGCGGCCCAGAACUGCCGCAAGCGCAAGCUGGACGCCAUCACGGGGCUUCAGGAGGAGGUGGCGAGGCUCCAAGCCCAGCGGAACAGGCUCCUCAGGGAGAAGCAGCUCACGGCCAAGACGAUGGGAGCGGUGGGCCACCAGAUAAAGCAGCUGAGCAGGGACGUCUUGUCCAGGCUGAGGGAUGAUUCAGGACGACCCCUGCACCCAGAGAGAUACACCCUGCAGUGCGGGGCAAACGGACGGGUCUCUGUUCAGCCCGUGAGAAGACCGGCGGUCUCUACAACAGCUGGCAGUAAAACAGAUAAAAGAAAGAAGGACAAAAAGCAGUGAUGCAACAUGGCCUGCUGGGACUUGACGUCAUCGCCUACUUCUGAACUUGCUCGCCUUGUUCUGGUGAAGGUUUUCUUCUUUCCGAGGGUUUGACGGAUUAAAUGCUCUUUAGAGAUAUAAGGGGUAAUGAUAAUGACUACACAACCUGAAAGAAACACCUGUAAAUAAAUGUUCUCUUGGGAUAAAAUGUAGCUUACACACUGGACAAUAGAAUGUGGUUCACUGAUCAUUGGCAGAGGUGAUUGGACGAUUUCAGAUCUUACUUGCCUUUCCAAGCCACUUUUUUUCUCUCUCGCUCUCGCUCUCUCUCUCUCUCUCUCUCUCUCUCUCUCUCUCUCUCUCUCUCUCUCUCUCUCUCUCUCUCUCUCUCUCUCUCUCUGUUUGUGAAUUUAUUGAUUUAUUAUUGUACCACUUUCCGAUCGGAAUUGCAGUUAAACCAGCCAGACUUUGGAUAUAGGAUCAUGGCAGGUUGACAGUGAUAUGUGAAUUAGAUGCAUCUUAAUAUAGAUGGCUAUAUACAUCUCCCCCCGCCCGACCCCUCCAUUCCUUACCUUAACUUUACACCCCAACAAUGUAAGUGAUUGUAGACUGUAACUAUUUAAGUGUUUCUGAAAGAUGUACAAGUCUCUGAAACUGUCGAGGGCAGUACAUGUAUUGAGUUAUCUGUGGAAUUAUACCCUUGUAUAGGUUUCUCCUACACCCCUGGUGUGGGAGAAACCUUCCUUAAUACAGGGCACAUUAAUUUAAAAAAAAAAACGAAUAUAUAAACAGUUCACAAACACUGCAAAGAUUUUCCAAAUUGGGAUGUUGUCGACCCUUAUGUAAUUUUGAGAUAUUCAACCAUAUACUUUUGAGAUAACUUGAAGGCCUUACAUGAAAUAAAUGUUUGUUUUUAUAUUUGUGUAUCUGUGAUACAUGGACUGCACUCUUACCAGUGAAAUGUUGUACUUGCAGCAUUUGUAAGUUCAAAGAGCUGGUUUGCAUACAUAUUAUUACGCGUCAUAUUAUUUUGUAGCUGUUCUGCCCUACUAAGUACUAUUCAUGACCAUUGAUGUUAAGGGUGCGCGGGUUGGUCUGGAAAAUGUCCACAGACAAUCGAUCCUUUAUGAUUAACUUAUCACUAUUUUGCUCCUUCAUGUACAGAAGCUACUUCAGCACUCUAAAAGUUCAUUUCACUCUUGACUGCCCAAUUAAUUAAGCUAGCAGGCAUCACAAUGUUGUAAGAUCAUGUGAAAUACUGCUUUUGUUUUGAAUAGAAUAUACCAGAUAUCCUCUAUUUAAAUUAUAAAUGUCCUUAUAACACAUAAAAACUACCGUUUAAAGCUAAAGCAGGUUACAUAUGAGUUAGGCCUCAGCUUUUAACAUCAAUGGCAGAGAAUGGUUCUUGGCUAGGUCGGAUAGCCAAACACAAAGUACACCUAUGCACAUGACCCUGGCAAGGUCAGGGAAGCCUUCAGUAGUGCCCAUAAAUCAACAGUAAAAUGUAUCCUAUCAUCAAGGCAUGUCCAAUCUGAUGACAUUAAGUACAUUCACACGGUAUUUGAGCAUAGAUUAAGGUACAUUUGAGAUAUAUGUUUGCCUAUGUGCAUGUAUGUUAUGCACUCCCUUAAAACAAUAGAUGUUUACUGGUGAGGUGGUCGAUCUAAACCACUUGUUCACCAUUAACUAACGAAUGGCCGAAGUAUAUGAGGGUGUGUUGAGUGUGCAUUUCAGAUGAGCUGAUGAGAAACUGUACCAAUGAAAAAUCCUAUAUGCAGUUGUGUGUGUGCGUGUGUGUGUGUGUGUGUGUGUGUAAGAGAAAUAAGAGAAUGGGAAAAACGAUGCACAACAUUUAUAACGUUUUAGUGCAACUCCUUUUGGUUCUUUAAUAUUCACUUUUUUUUGCCCAUUUUUUUAUAGGCGACAUUGGUUGUUAGUGUUUAAGCAUGACAUAACAGUGAUUGAAGAAUGCUGUACUGUGCUGCACUAUUCAAUACAAAAAGGUUUUGUAUUCUUUGGUUUAAAAAAUAAAUAAAAUAUUAAAAACGUC